AUAUUUCACAUUCUCCAGAAUGUUAAGUGACACUUUAACUGCUUGCUGUGAUGGGGAAGGGGGCAGAAGUAGGUGAGCACUCUCCCAGCCUGGAGCAGCCGGACCAGCCCAGAAGGCAGCAGCGGCCCAGGCCAGCAUUCCCACACAAAUCUCCUCAGACCGGCUGUUGGGGGAAAAAAGUGUUAGCCGUCUCUCCCGGAUCUGCAAGGGGGAAAAAAUUUGGAACCAUAAAGUUGAAAACUUUUUUCUCUCAGUUUGGAAGAAGCCCUUCGUCAUGAAUGGGAUCGGCGGAGUUCGGGCGAGAGGAGGCGAGAGGCGCAAAGGAGGGGAGAUUUCUCGCCUGCCGCUCGCGCUGGGGCUCGAUGUGAAUAUAUAUUAUGUCUGCCUGUUCUCCCCUCGUCGGUGGCUAAGGUCAGCCGCUUGGAACAGACCGCGGAGGAGGGGGGCAGAGAAGGGAGGGGGUUGGGGGGGGGUCCGGCGUGUCACGUGACCCCCAGGGUUGCCAAUGUCCGGUCCUGAGGGUAUCAGGCCUUUCCAAGUUGCCACCCACUGCCCAGGCCUCACCCAGCGAUGCAGAAAGCCACCUACUACGACAACGCCGCGGCUGCUCUCUUCGGAGGCUAUUCUUCGUACCCUGGCAGCAAUGGUUUCAGCUUCGACGGCCCCCCCCAACCCCCAUUUCAGGCCACCACGCACCUGGAGGGCGACUACCAGCGCUCAGCGUGCUCGCUGCAGUCCCUGGGCAACGGUGCCCCACAUGCUAAGAGCAAGGAGCUCAACGGCAGCUGCAUGAGGCCGGGUCUGGCCCCUGAGCCCCUGCCCGCCCCGCCCGGCUCACCCCCGCCCAGUGCCGCACCUACCAGUGCCACUAGCAACAGCAGUAAUGGGGGCGGGCCCAGCAAAAGUGGUCCCCCAAAGUGUGGUGCCGGCACCAACUCCACCCUCACCAAACAGAUAUUCCCCUGGAUGAAAGAGUCGAGGCAAACGUCCAAGCUGAAAAACAGCUCCCCCGGCACAGCAGAGGGCUGUGGUGGCGGCGGCGGCGGCGGCUGCAGUGGUGGCAGUGGGGGCGGUGGCGGCGGCGGCGGGGGAGGGGACAAGAGCCCCCCGGGGUCGGCGGCGUCCAAGCGGGCGCGGACGGCAUACACGAGCGCGCAGCUGGUGGAGCUGGAGAAGGAGUUCCAUUUUAACCGCUACCUGUGCCGGCCUCGCCGUGUGGAGAUGGCCAACCUGCUGAACCUCAGCGAGCGGCAGAUCAAGAUCUGGUUCCAGAACCGGCGCAUGAAGUACAAGAAGGACCAGAAGGCCAAGGGACUGGCCUCGUCGUCAGGGGGCCCAUCUCCAGCCGGCAGUCCCCCGCAGCCCAUGCAGUCCACGGCCGGCUUCAUGAACGCCUUACACUCCAUGACCCCCAGCUACGAGAGCCCGUCCCCACCCGCCUUCGGUAAAGCCCACCAGAAUGCCUACGCGCUGCCCUCCAACUACCAGCCCCCUCUCAAAGGCUGCGGCGCCCCGCAGAAGUACCCUCCGACCCCGGCACCCGAGUAUGAGCCGCACGUCCUCCAAGCCAACGGGGGCGCCUACGGGACGCCCACCAUGCAGAGCAGUCCGGUGUAUGUGGGCGGGGGCGGCUACGCGGAUCCGCUGCCGCCCCCUGCCGGCCCCUCCCUCUAUGGCCUCAACCACCUUUCCCAUCAUCCUUCCGGGAACCUGGACUACAACGGGGCGCCCCCUAUGGCGCCCAGCCAGCACCACGGACCCUGCGACCCCCACCCCACCUACACAGACCUCUCCUCUCACCACGCGCCUCCUCCUCAGGGUAGAAUCCAAGAAGCGCCCAAAUUAACACACCUGUGAUGGGAAAAGGCGGACGAGGGUUAGGAGAUGGAGAGGAAGAGGGAAACUAUGGAGCUCUGGGGGGCAGUCUGGAGGUCUGAAAGAGGGGCCAGGGAGAUGGUAGGCAGGCUUCCUGGUCAGAACCAGCCUGGAGCUUCUUCCCCUCCCCCUGGCCUGAGAGAUUGCUUUUAAGUCCACCCCUUGUUCCAUCUGCCUGCCAACCCAUCGGAAAGGAAUCCACAGCAGAUUGGAGAUGACCCCGUCAACCCCAGGGCUCCAGCACUACCAAGUUGGAAUUCUACGUCCUGGAGUGGGGUAGAGGAAGACGAGAUAGGAUGAGGCAGAGAAGCACAUUUUACAAACCAGACAAGAUGGCUAGGCCAUCACCAACCAAUGGACUUACCUUCUAUCUUUGUAGGUAAUUCCCCCCAAAUCUUGAUUUUUUUCAGUUAUCCUUUAAAAAAUAAGAAAACACAUUUCAAACCCAAAGGGCACAAAGCACGUUCCCUUCCAACUUUCCCAAAACCUCAAAUUUGUUCCCAUUUAUUUGAGGUUUAUUGAGGUAUCUACCCCCUCCAUUUCUAGCCCCAGGUUUUUCUGCUCUAGGACAUUAAUAUCUAUACAUCCCACCCCCAUCAAUUAAAGUUUUUAGAGGGCUCAGGGAUGGUGAGAGAUCCUGAAAGAGCUGCCUAUAUUAUAAAUUAUAUAUUUUUUUUCUUCUAAGGAAAAGUGUGUAGGCUUGGGCAGGCAGGUUGUUAGGACUGAAGGUUUGCCCAUUCUGCUGCCUCCAUCUCAGCUCCAGCUCCAUCCCCCUCUCUCCACAGAAAGCAGUUGGUGACGCAAGGUUCUAUACUUUUUUUCUGUUGCUUUCUUGACUUAACGUGAAAACAGGGUAUAUUUGAACAAACUGUCUGUCCCAGGCAGGGGCUGGGCAGGGCCUGCGUGCCUUGCUCAGCCUCCUGACAGGACACUUUUGUUGCACUUAGAGUUUACAUUUUAAUGGAUGUAAAAACAACUGUGAGAGAUGUCUGGGCCUGCAGAAGUCCAGCAUUGCUCAAAAAAGCGUGUGUUCUAGUGAACAUUUUCAUAUAUAUUUAUUGGUUAUAGCCUGUUAAAAUAUUUUCUUUUUUGUAUUAUUUAUCCCCCUACAUUAUGUAUUUAUAUGAGGGAAAAAAAGGAAAAAAAUGUACUUUUUUAGUAUUUACUUGUUAUAAAGGACAUUGUGUUUCCUGUCAUGUAAAACCAGCUAUUUUAGUUACUAUUGUACUCUAGAAAAGAGCUGUAGAUUUAUGUUAAACUCGUACUUAUGAGCAAUUGUAAUUAGUUCUAAAAGGCAUGAACUCAGCUCCUGAUUGUCACUGUAUAGUCCUGAAUUUGUAGAACUAGAGUUAAUUCCCUCUUGGAACUUUCUUUGUUCUUCAGUAGUUACGUUUUUCCUUACCUAAAAGGGUUGUCUGUCAAACAAUUCUUGAAUAAACUUUCUGUUAUCAAUUUUA